AUGACAAUCUCAGCAAAUACCAAAAAUUGGCAUUAUAAAACCGAUAUUUCAGCCAAUCAAGCCAAAAACCCAACCUCUCCCUUCAUACGUCUCCCACCAGAACUCCGCUUAAAAAUCUACCAAUACGCCCUUACAGUCCCAAACGAGUACAUCAACAAACCACUAAUAGUAAUCCACGACCGCGGCAACGUCUUCACAUCCAGAAACCGCUACAAGUCCCUCUCAAUAUGUCCAAGCUGGCUCGGCGAAGACGGCACAACCCGAAACCUCCUAACAGUCAACCACCAAAUCCACGACGAAGCAGAAGGCCACCUCUACUCAUCCAACACACUUUUCUUUCAAAACUCAUUCGACCUCGACCAUCUGGAUCCAUUCCUCGAUACACUAAGUACGACGGCACUUCAAAAGAUCCGCAGCGUAGGAUUUGAGAUUCUCCUCUUUGUACACGGGCAACCGGGUGUUCCUAAACGGACGCUAAAGCAAUAUACCCGAGCGAAAGAUCUUAUACUUCGAAAACUCCCGCAUUGCAAGAAUGUUCUUUUCUACGUUGAUCCGAAUUUCUAUUAUCCUACUAUUUCUGUUGGAGGACCAGAUCUAGCUGCGAGGGGUGUUAUUGAUCUUGCGAGGACGUUUAAUAUGUUUGAUAUUACGUUUUAUCCUGGGCUUGAUUGGAAGCAUCUUGAGGAAGCGAGGCAGCUUGUUUGGAGGAGUAGCUCCCCGGAACGGCGCGCGCCGAGGGAUACGCCAAGUUCAAGAUUGUCUGGAAAGUCUUCUCAUUAUGACGAUGAUGGGGUCGUGCGCAAUUCUGCAGAAGUAAUGCAUGGGAAAAUGCCGGCGUCCAAUGUUGGGUCAUCGAUUGCGUUGAUGAGUGUGUGA